GAAAAAUGAUUUCGUAUACAGGAGAUUCUGAAAAACGAUUUCAUAUACAGAAGAUUUGAUUUGAGGACAGAGGGGACUAAAUUUUGUUGAUGUUUGCAUAUGAGAUUCAGACGGCGGACGGGUCCCGGCACUCACCGGCGACAGGAACGGGGAGGAUGGAGGGGACGAUAGAUACAUGGGUGAAGAAGCACCGCCUGAUUUACACCGGAGCCACCCGCCACCCUUUUAUUCUCGCCAUUCGCGACGGAACCCUCGAUUUCUCCUCCUUCAAGCGAUGGCUGGGACAGGAUUAUAUUUUUGUAAGAGCAUUUGUUGCUUUUGUGGCAAGUGUAUUGCUUAAAGCUCGGAAGGAGUUGGAAGAGAAUUCUGAUAUGGAUGUCAUAUUGAGGGGUUUGGCUUCCCUGAAUGAUGAGAUCGAGUGGUUCAAGAAAGAAGCGUCCAAGUGGGAAGUUCAACUUUCUAGCAUUGUUCCCCUGAAGGCAAAUGAGGAUUACUGCAGAUUCCUGGAGGGCCUAGUGAGCCCGGAAGUUGAAUAUCCAGUGGCUAUCACAGCCUUCUGGGCCAUUGAAGCUGUUUAUCAAGAAAGCUUCGCCCACUGCCUGGAAGAAGGCUCCAACACUCCAGCAGAGCUGAAGGAAGCAUGUCAAAGAUGGGGCAAUGACGGUUUUGGUCUGUACUGUCAUUCUCUCCAGAAAAUUGCUAAUCGGCAUCUAGAGAAGGCUUCGGCAGGCGUCCUCGCGAAAGCUGAAGUAGUACUGCUUCAAGUUCUCGAACACGAAUUUGAGUUUUGGAAUAUGAGCUCUUUAGGGACCUGAUCAUUCUGCUGCAGUAAAACAUGCAUUGUACAGGGGAGCCAGGUGAUCCAUCAGCUCUUUUGCAUGUUUUAUGUUACUUCUUGUAGAAUGUUGAUUGUUCUGCAAUAAUACUUCUGUGUGCUGAAGUGUGCCUAUGCUUGUGCUGUUAAGUGAAAACUUCACUUGGAUGUUCAGAGUUCAGACUAAUCCCUAUCUACAUGUAUCCUAUGACAAGAGGACUUUGUGUACUGUUA